CCCUGUUUCGCUCACACACACUGCCCUCUCUCUCUCUCUCUCUCUCUCACACAUACACGCCAAGCUCCAAUUCAAUACUCAGAAUCUUUCUGGGAAUUCUUAAACCGAAUUGGCCCUCCUUCCCUCAUGAGCAAUCCAGAUAGAAAGUGACCUCCUUCACCGCUGCCUACACACUUUUUCAAUUUCACCCCCAACACCAACAACGCACUCACUAUUGGGCCCUCCAAAUCCCUACAGGAAAGCAACUCCCGCCCUUCUUCAACACACGCAUUUCCAUUUCUAUUUCCAAUUUUAUUAUUCUUUUAUCGGAUCCAACCAAUUUAUGCAUACAUAAAUCCGUCCAUGUUCGGUGGGUGUGGUUGGAGAGAUAUAUAUGUAUAGAUUUUGGGGAUUUUGGUUCGAAGAAUUUUGUUUCUUAGGUUUUAGAUAACCCCACCGCCUCGAACACUCACUGCCCAUUGUCAUUUCCGACUUCGAUCUGAAUCAGUAUUAGUGGUAGGAAGAAAUUGAUAUGGCUUUCGAUCAGAGUUCAAUCCCCAGUGAUUUGCGUCCGCUGAAUAUCGCAAGGAAUGGGCCGGAGGACCAGAGAAUUUCUCCGGUGACCUCGUCAGGGAGGCCGCCGAUGGAGGGGUUCUACGCUAACCCAUCGUCAGAGGUCGGCGGCAGCCCCAGCACGAUGCCGCCCACAGUUUAUUACCAAAGUACAGCUGCAGAUACAGGAUUUGUUCCUAUAGGGUAUAACGCUGCCGUUCCUGGGAUUUCCGGCGGGUGGGUUAAGCAUGUUGUGGUGCCUCCGCCUCAGCCUCAGCCUCAGCCUCAGCCUCAGCCUCAGCCUCAACCAGGGGUUGUUGGUGUUUCGGUGGUGAAUUCGGCGCCUGUGUCUGCUAAUAGUUCUAAUUUGGGGGCAAAGUCGAGGAGCAGUGUUUCAGAUCAUACUAGUGAUGACAGUGGCCAUGGUUCCAUCUCAGGACGGAAGAUUAAGUUUCUAUGUAGUUUUAGAGGGAACAUAUUGCCACGGCCCAGCGACGGGGUGUUGAGGUAUGUAGGAGGGCAGACUAGAAUAAUUAGUGUUAGAAGGGAUAUUAGUUUCAGCGAUUUUGUUCAGAAACUGACGGAUGUAUAUGCGGAUAGUGUGGUGAUAAAGUACCAGUUACCUGAUGAGGAUCUUGAUGCGCUUGUGUCGGUCUCAUGCCCGGAUGAUCUUGAGAACAUGAUGGAUGAGUAUGAAAAGCUGAUGGAGAGGUCUUCGGAUGGGUCAGCUAAAUUGAGGAUAUUUUUGUUUUCACCUGCAGAACUUGACAGUUCGGGAUUGGUACACCUUGGAUACUUACAGGACAGUAGCCAGAAGUAUGUGGAAGCUGUGAAUGGGAUUGCAGAUGGCUUUACCGGUGGCGGCGGCAAUGGUGGUGAUUGUAUUGCACGAAAAGAGAGCCUUGAGAGUACUGUUUCUGGUCAAGGUUCAGAUUUGAGUGGCACAGAGGGAGCCGACAGCGUAGUUCGCAGCCCACGGGAGAUUGCUAAUUUGCUACCUCCUCCAGGUGGAAUAUCUCCCACUGCUACAUCCGGAGUCCCCCUCGUUCCACUAGUUAAUUCCGGGCCUCAAACAACAUUAGGUGCCAAAUCCGAGCAAGAGAUGGAGAGAUCUGUGCCUGCAGCUCUCCCACAGGCAUCACCAAUCAUGAGUUUUCCAGCAUCUUCACCUUAUGUGCAGAGCUAUGUGGAUCCUCAUCAAGAAGCUUCGAAUCGUCCAAAUUAUGUUCAGCUUCCGUCCCAGAUGGGAUAUCCUCCACAUAUGUUAGGUCCAGUGAGGCCUGUUUUAAACCAACAGCCUAUGAAUGUGGGAGCUUCUCCACAACAGUUUACACCUUCUGUACAUAUGACGAUGAAUCCCUCUUAUUUGAGCAUGAAGCCGAGUGUCAUUCCCGGGAUUUCUCAGCAGCAUCAUGUUCAAGUGGAGCAUUAUCCUGCCGAAAGCAUGAUCCCUCAGAGGAAUGCCCCAUUUCCUGGUUACAUUGCACAGCAAUCUCAAGUCCCCACACCUGUGCAGGGAGGGGUACAUAAUUGGCCACAUAUUGCACAUUCUGAGCUGAUACCGUUAUCCGAGGGAGGAUUACCUCCUCAACAAAGUAAACUUCCUGAAAAUAUCUCCAGAGUCGAGGGCUGCUGUUUGUGUGAAAAAGCAUUGCCACAUGCUCAUUCAGAUACAAUAGCCCAGGAGCUUAAGGAAACUCCUAGUAGCGCCAUGUCUGAUGUGAAACCGAACUAUCAUAGUCUCCUCUUGGAUGAUUGUGGACGACCAGUGAUGAGACCUGUUGCAUCUGGAACUAUGACAGAAGGCAAUAUUGGUGGUUCUCGACUUAGGAUGGCAGGUAACGAGGAUCAUGAGUCCGUUAAAGAUCAGACAGAGGUGAUAGGGCUUCAACAGCACACAGAAAGGCAGUUUGGAAAUGAUAAAACUAUUCCGCAGGGAGUCGUGAUCACGAGUGGGACUCAGUAUCCAUAUGGUUUGUUUGUUGCUAAUGCUCCUCAGGCGUAUCAUGCUAAUGCUGCACAAAAUUAUUUUCAGCCUCAACUCCAAGUAAUACACGACACUGCAAUCAGCAAACCUUUAACUAGUGAUGUUUCGAGUGCUGGCAUGCCUUUGCAUAUAAAGGAUUAUGUUGUUAGUGAAUCUCCAAAUGACUACUCUGCUAAAGUUGUUGGUGGAGUUCCUGUAGAUGAUCCCACUUCAAUGGCUGUUAACCAUCUGAGGCAAAUCAAUACGAGGUUAGAAAAUCUUCAUGUCAACCCGUCUGAAUUUAUGUCUGGCAAUGAGUUCAACCAACCUGGAGUGGUUUCCGCUCCUUGGAGGGAAAAUAUCCCAGAGAAUAGGCAACAUCUGCCGCCCGACAUGAAACCUUUUCAACCUGAAUCCAAGGAGGUGACAGAGCUGCCUCUAGGAGGUGUUCAGAGCCAGUAUUCAUUGUUUGGGGAUAGUAAUUUGCACCCAGGUGAUGCUUCGGGAAACUCCAUCUAUUCUGGCGGUGGGCCUGCCCUUGCCCUAAACUCGGAAAAGAUCCCAACUGCCAACGGACAUCGAGAGAACAUUGGAUGGUCUCCACCCAAGAUAACUGGUGAAACAGAAGGUCUCACUCAUGAUAGAUCAUCUAAUUUACUGUCUGACAGGGUUGGAGAUAUCGCAGAUAACUUAGCAUCGGUCCUUACCAACCAGGAUUCUUGGAACAUGAUGCCCGAUCCCCAUUUCUGCCCUCCCCUGCCUACCAAACUUCAAACAAGAAGAGACAAUGAUGGGAUGAAAAAUCCUGCUGGUGAUAGUUGUUCUGUCAAUGUUGGUGAAGCUUCAUCAGGUAAUUUCAAGGAAUCACCAUUCGAGACUCUUGGGGGAAAUGGGGCAUACCAGCCCUCUGGCGAUCUCAAUUGGGAUUUCAGUCGUAACUAUACUAUACCAAAUGAAAGUUCAGCUGAGGAUCUAAUAAAGCAAGAACUUCAAGCUGUUGCUGAGGGUGUAGCUACUUCCGUGCUUAAUUCAUCUGUUCCAUCUAGUUCAGACCUAUCAGCAUCUGUUUUGAGGACUUCUUCGAAUGUUCAACAGAAAAGUGGCGACCAGCAGCCUACCAAGCCAGAUACUCAGCAUGGCGACACAUUCGUGGAGAUAAAGACAAAGUUGCCGCAGAAGAUAAAUUUUGGAUUCCCUGCUUCUGGCAUUGGUCGACUACAGAUUAUUAAAAACAGUGACUUGGAAGAGCUACGAGAAUUGGGUUCGGGCACUUUUGGUACUGUUUAUCAUGGAAAGUGGCGAGGUACUGAUGUUGCAAUUAAACGCAUCAAUGAUAGAUGCUUUGCUGGGAAGCCUUCAGAACAAGAACGAAUGAGGGACGAUUUUUGGAAUGAGGCAAUUAAGCUCGCCGACUUGCACCAUCCCAAUGUGGUUGCUUUCUAUGGUGUUGUGCUUGAUGGUCCUGAUGGGUCUGUGGCUACUGUUACUGAAUUCAUGGUGAAUGGUUCUUUGAGGAAUGCUUUGCAGAAGAACGAAAGGAAUCUUGAUAAGCGCAAGCGCCUGUUGAUUGGCAUGGAUGUUGCAUUUGGAAUGGAAUACUUGCAUGGAAAAAAUAUUGUACAUUUCGACUUGAAAAGUGACAAUUUAUUGGUCAAUCUUCGCGAUCAACAUAGGCCAAUAUGCAAGGUUGGUGACUUAGGCUUGUCCAAGGUGAAAUGCCAGACACUAAUUUCCGGCGGCGUUAGAGGAACCCUUCCAUGGAUGGCACCGGAGCUUCUCAACGGCAGCAGUAGUCUUGUUUCAGAGAAGGUUGAUGUAUUUUCUUUCGGAAUCGUAAUGUGGGAACUUCUCACGGGAGAAGAACCUUAUGCGGAUCUCCACUAUGGGGCCAUUAUCGGUGGUAUUGUGAGCAACACUCUGCGGCCAGCUGUGCCGGAGAAUUGCGACCCCGACUGGAAAUCUCUGAUGGAGAGGUGUUGGGCGUCGGAAUCCUUAGAAAGGCCUAACUUCACAGAGAUCGCAAACGAACUGAGGGCCAUGGCAGCUAAGCUGCCUCCAAAAGGACAAGGACAGCAGCAGCAGCAGCCGGCGCAGGUUCCAUCGACAAACCCACAAGUCAAAAACUAGAAACCAAAUCGCCAUUACACAUACAUUUGAUACAUUACUUACUACUGCAAACCCCAAAAACCUAACAUUUGGGUUAUGAGUGAGUGAGUGAGUGAGUUAGUUGGGAUUCUGCCAUUUUACAGUUGGUAUGGAUGAAUUACUUUGCAUAAA